CUAUCUCGUAUGGACUCUGGACAGAUUACGCGCAUGCGCACACGCCCUGGUCAUGUUGACUCGCUAAAACUGAAGUCAACAUGUCCACCGCUGCUGCUCAACAAAACAAUAACGAAGAGCCCGGCCUUCACGGUUCUUGGGUGGAGUUAGAGUUGAAUGGAAAUGCAGGAGCGCAGGGCGUGCACACAAGCUUGCAAAUAUCAGCUGCCGCAGACCAAAUGAAUGCAAACACCGGCACGAGUCAAACCUUAGAAGUGGUGCCUGAGAUGGAUGAAACCUUAAUCGGAGGACUAGAACAUGUGCCGUCAUCCUCCUCCAUUCACAAUGGCGACAUGGAGAGGAUCCUCCUGGACGCUCAGCACGAAUCCAGUCCAAGCAAUUCUUCAUGUGAUAGUCCUCACAGGCCACAGAGUCCCAACCAGAAUGAGGGUCAAAUCACUUUUGAUGUGGACAUGUCAAGUCUGAGAGAUGGUCAGUCAGAAGAAGAAGGCACCGACAAAGACAGAGAGGAUGAUAUCCUUAUGAACAAAGAAGUCGACUGGGUUGCUGAUUGGUCCAGCAGGCCAGAAAACAUUCCACCCAAGGAAUUCCACUUCAGGCACCCCCGACGCGCAGUAUCCCUUAGUAUGAGAAAAAGUGGAGUUAUGAAGAAAGGCGGCGUAUUCUCUGCCGAAUUCCUCAAAGUUUUCAUACCGUCGCUUCUCAUUUCACACAUCCUCGCCCUCGGAAUCGGGGUGUACAUUGGGAAAAGAAUCGCCACAGCCUCUGCCAGCUCUUACUGAGUAGAGAAUGAGCGGUGCCUGGGUGUCCUCCUGUCUUUCAAGCAGCCUAUUAUUACAUGUUUCUCUGCAGUCAGCGUGCGCCCACAUUUACCCUCCUGAUCCAUGUUAGAUUGCGUCACAUUGUAAGUGUAUGUAUGCACACAUGUUGUAAUGUGGUCACUCCUCAUCUUGACCCAAGUAAGUUGACUUGUAACCACUCGAUAACAACUCUUGUUCAAGAUGAAAACUCUUCAGUAAUGUUUCAGUACCAAUACAAAUGUGAGAAGGAUUUGGCCUCUAUAGGGGCGGCAUAGCUUAGUGGUAGAGCGGUCGUUUCCCAACAUAGACAUUUGCAACCAUGUCGAAGUGUCCUUGAACAAGAGAGAGAACCCCAGUUGCUCCUGAUACUGCAUCAUCAGUAGGUGAACGUGGUAACAGUGUAAAACGCUUUGAGUACUUGAGGUAGAAAAGUGCUAUAUGAGAGACAGCCCAUUUACCAUCCAGUGGGGUUUUGUUUUGGGGAUGUAUCGUCAAAAUUACACUCCUUAUUUUUGAUCGGUUUGUCACCAGACAAUCUGGCCCUGAAGCUGAGUCGCCUUACUACUCUGUAAUUCACCAGGGUUAUGAACCCAAAAAUACGCGCCAUAUCUAAAAUGCUAAAAGAAGUACAGGUACGAAGGAAGUCACUUGUAACGCCUUAACUUUUUGAGCUGAACUUUAGAGGUGCAGAUGCUGAAGGAAACGUAAUGCUGCACAUGUCUUUUUGAAAUAGAAGCUUGAUCAUUUUUACCUUGAGUCGUUUUCUUUUUAAAGAUUUAUGUUAUGAAGGGCGGUGGUCCAGUGAUUAGUGCGUCAACCUCUCAGUGCAGAGGUACCGGGUUCAAUUCCAGCUCGGCCUCUCUGUGUGGAGUUUGCAUGUUCUCCCCGGGCCUGCGUGGGUUUUCUCCGGGUAAUCCAUUUUCCUCCCGCAUUCCAAAAAUGUGCAUGAAAGGUUGAUUGAACACUCUAAAUUGUCCCUAGGUGUGAGUGUGAGCGUGGGUCGUUGUUCGUCUCUUGUGUGCCCUGCGAUUGGCUGGCAACUGGUUCAGGGUGUCUCCCUGCCUACUGCCGAAGACGGCUGGGAUAGGCUCCAGCACCCCCCGCGAGCCUUGUGAGGAUUAAGUGGAUUAGAAAAUGGAUGUUAUGAAGAUUGAACUCUAAAACAUUAAUCUCCCAUGUAGCCAGUGACUCUUGCAUUUUGUGGUAUUUGACUAUUAAGAUCGUGGAAGUUUGGCCGAGUAGCAAUGUCCCGAGCCCUGUUUUUUUUCUUCCUUUUUUUUUUGCCUUUAUAGCUUGCUUUUUAUUGCACACUACAGCAACAAUGGCACAGUGUCAAAUUAAUGUUUUUUUUUCAACCACUGCACAUUUGCAUCAUGUUGCUUUGGGUAAUUUCCCUGACAUGACAUUUCAUGCUAUUGAAAUGCAGAUGGGAAGAUUCAUAAAAUGGAUCCGCUCCAACUCGUAGAAACUCCCUGAUAUUGUGUUAAUAAAUAGAUCAUAAUAAUGCAUUAUAUAUAUAUAUAUAUAUAUAUAUAUAUAUAUAUAUAUAUAUCUUAUCUUUUAUAUAUAUAUAUAUAUAAUUUAGUGUCAGUGGUGUGUUUUGGCUGUCAUCUAGCUCACCGUUUGAAGAAGAACCCACCACUGAAUACUGUUUCCAGGACCCUGUUUUCAUCUAAGUGUCAGUCUGUAUAAUUUCCAGUGUAAUUUAAUAUGUAAAAUGCUUAUAAACCUCCAGAAAAAAAUAGAAGAGCCUUUACUAAUUUAAGUAGAUCUAACUUCUGUGUAUUGAUGCUUAUACUGAUCAUGAAGAUUAUUGACUGGAGUCAUCCAUCCAUUGACAGUGUUUUAAAAUUGAUCUUUGCUAAUGUGAAAACCAAAUCUAUUGUGGUUAAUCUUAAACAUCACUAUAGCUUGUGUGCAGUUAUUGAGACAGUGACUAGGGAUAUAAGUCAAGUCAAGUCAAGUCAACAGUAUUUAUAGAGCACUACACAAGAUUGCACAAUGGGAAUAUAGUUGUAAUAACUCAAACAUAUAUUUGAUCAUUGGCAGGCUUCUGUAACAGCUGGUAAUUGAAGAAAACAAUGAAAACUAUGACAUGACUGUACUGAAUAAAGCAGAAAUCUGCUCAUCUGAAA